CAAGCCCUUGACCACAUCUGCCUUCUUCGCACUAUUUGUACGGCCAUUCAUGUCUUCCAGACCAGAGCUUCGCCUGCCAUCGCCCUCCGCUAUUUUCGAUGAGGAUAGUGGUGAUGGCCUCUCAUUCGCCGCUCCUAGCACAUCCACCAUUGUCACCUCUCAUUCUGCAUCAUCACGGCGAUCUUCGACGAUAAGAAAUCAUCUUAAUGACUCUGAUAUUAUAAGACAAUCAUCCACGGCUCCUAAUUACCGAGCAGCAUCUUCUAUAGCUGGUAGUUCCACCCGCAUAAUCACGCCUAGCGUCUUGGAAUCGCCAUCAAUAUCGAUUGGGAUCGAAAGGGGAAACGCUCCAUCCUAUAAAAGGAAAGAGGUUAAUUCCAAACAUUCUCAGUACGAUGUAGCCGAAAAAACGGCUAGACAGGAUGUGAAAAUGCGCAAGUCAGUCAAGAAGGAAAACACAGACCUCAAAAGCGCAGACCACAAGCCCGUCGCCCACGUUGACCAGAUGGGCUCGUCACAGGUUGCCUCAUCUUCUUCCCGAAAAAGAGGGCAGCCCCAUGAUACAGACAACACCAUCAAGGCCAUUGAAGCGGGUCGAAUCAAGCGGAAACAUGGAAUGAAGACCCAGUCAGAUGGCGAGGCGAGAUUUGAGGCGUACCAAGCUCAACUGCGACAACAGUCAGACGCUAUCGUCACGCAACAAAUGCAAAUGGAUACGAAAGGACGCCAACGGCAGCAAUACCAGAAAAAGAGUCCUCAUUCACUGUCUACCCUUGAUAAAUCUACGGUCAUUCCUUCACAGCCUGCUACAUCAGUGCAUAAACGAGCCAAAAAGGCGAAGGUUGACCCGAUGUAUAAACGGCCGGCAAGAGGGCGUAGCCAUUGUCCGAAAACAAUUAUGGACAGAUGCGAUCGUGCGAUGUCUCAACGCAUGUUUAUGAUUGAACGUGUGCCUUACGCCAAUGCGCCUAAUCAAGUGGAUUUCUUCAAAGUUCUCGGCUCCACGGGCAACGUAUAUACCGUGACCAUCGGCAACUUUCCCAAUUGUGAUUGUCCAGAUUGCAUCAAAGGUAACUCUCCUUGCAAGCAUAUCAUUUUUGUCUUCCUCAAAGUACUCAAAGUGCCCGAAGAUUCUAGUAUCUGGUAUCAAAAGGGCCUGACAGCUGCCGAGGUUCAGUGGGUUUUUCGACAUGCCCCUCCUGCACCUACUGGUUCAGUUGCCGUUCCUCCUAGUGUGCGAGAUGCUUAUCUACGUGCGACUGGAAAUUUACCUGAGCAAGUUACUUCAACAUCCGGUGACAAUGAACACUUUGAUGGGAAAAGAAUCAAAGCGAUUGGGGAAGAUUGCCCGGUAUGCUACGAGGAAAUGACUCAACAGGAUGAUGUCAACGAAAAACUGGUUUAUGACGAUUCCCUUAGUGGAUGUGGCCGUCCCUUACACGCUGAAUGUUUCAGGAUGUGGGCGGUAACCGCUAAAAAAUCUGGAAAAGAUGUUACGUGUGUUUGGUGUCGAAAUGAAUGGCCUACUGGCACUACUGGCGGAAAAGGCAAAAGCAAGAUGAAUGAACCAUCGUACGAUUCAAUGGGAUACCUCAAUAUGGCCAGCAUUGCGGGUAUGAGGAGAUCGCGAGAUACUAGCACCUAUCAUCGUGGUUGGCGGUUUCGAAAUGACGAUAGCGACGACGAUUGUUUUUGAAGGGAUCAUCAUGUGUGUGCAUGUAGGAUCAUCAUAGUUUUACGCUCCAACAAGGAAAAGCACAUCAUUGUCAAUCGCGUGCCAUUCGCCAAUGUGUCGUGACGUCUACUGCUCCUCAAAUGCAGACAGAAACUGUAGCCAUUUAUUCGAUGCCGACUGCAAUAGCCCUCGCUCGUUGAUUGCUAGAGUCAACCCCAAGAUCUGACGUUUAUCCUUGAUGGGGUCCAAAGACUGCGAUGCGAAUGAGCU